AAUCUGACCAGACAGGCAGCAGACGAGGAGAUUUAAUGUAAUUGUUAAUUUCGGCUGUGAACUGCCGCAACACGUUGCAGUUAUCAAUAUUCUGAGUGUGACGAACCAGAGGGAAAAAGAGUAAGGGAGGGGGAGGGUGCGUUGAAUCAAACGGCAAAGCACUGUGCAAGUGUGCAAGGCGGAAAGUGAGCGAGCCAGGGAACGAACCAAAGCGCGCAGGAGAGUGAGAGAGAGAGAGAGAGAGAGGAGAGGGAGAAACUGCACUGAUGAUCGACGCCAGCCUGCCACCACUCUGUAGCAGUGAGUGGCUGCAACAAAAGCACAGAAUAACAUCUCAGCUCCUCUCCUCUGCUUUUCCCCUCACUGCAUCUCCCCUUCCUCGGUGCCGAGAACUCCACACAACACAGCAGAGCCACACGGAACUGGCAUCGCAAGUGUAGUCUCUGCCUGCCAUCAACAAGUUAGGGAUGAAGGACCUCGAGCAAUGAAAGAGGAAUGCGUGAUCUUCAAUUAACCAAUUGAGCUGACAUCAUUGCGGUGGAAAAGGAAAGAGGCAGCUAAGGGACGGCGGGAUAUGCUCAGCAGUGCUGCUUUGGAUGCAAAUCACCAACUUCGAAUUUAAGGAUUCUUGGAAGGCAAAUAAUGCUGGUCUUUUCUUAAUCUGGGAAUUGAAUAGCAGGACUGAAAAAAGGACAGACCGGAAAAAAAGAGAAAAAACAGCAUCCCAGGACAUGGAAUUUCUGAAUUUGGUUCAACUGGGGGGGCUCAGCACUUCUUUAUUUCUGAAGAGCUUGAUUCCUUUUGUAUUUACCCAAAAGGUUUUUUUCCCUUUGGAUUUCUCUUCCAUCUGGCUGCUCCAAAAGUCUGCGGAAAAAGACAGUUGAAUGCAGCCUCCGAUGUACACAAAAGAAUGGGUUUCCAUUCAAGGUGGCCAUUGGUGGGACAAGCACCAGCGGCACUUUGUGUGAUCAGCAUGCUACUGUGCCUCCCUCCUGUGUCAUGCACAACCUGCCCCCAGAAAUGCCGAUGUGAAGACCUGCAGUUCUACUGCGACACACAGGGGCUCCUGGCGCCCCCAGAUGGUGUGGAUAAAGGGGCCCUUGGACUUUCGCUCAGACACAACAGCAUCAGCGAGCUCAGCUCAGACCAGUUCUUUGGCUUCACCCAGCUCACUUGGCUUCACCUGGACCACAACCAAAUAACUACCGUGCAUGAGGAUGCCUUCCAGGGGCUGUACAAGCUCAAGGACCUUAACCUGAGCUCAAACCGCAUCACCAAGCUGCCAAACACAACCUUCAUCCACCUCAUCAACCUGCAAAUCUUGGAUCUCUCCUUCAACCAGAUGACAGCUCUGGAGCCUGAGCUCUUUCAUGGGCUCCGGAAGCUCCAGAUCCUACACCUGCGGUCAAACUCGCUUCGCACGACGCCCGUGCGGGCCUUCUGGGACUGCCGGAGCCUGGAAUACCUUGGCCUGAGCAACAACAGGCUCCGUAGCCUGGCCCGGAAUGGCUUCGCCGGGUUAAUUAAGCUGCGGGAGCUCCAUUUGGAACACAAUCACUUGACCAAGAUUAACUUGGCACACUUCCCUCGUCUGGUCGGCCUCCAGUUCCUUUAUCUUCAGUGGAACAAGAUCAACAAUUUAACAUGCACCAUGGAAUGGAAAUGGACAACUCUGGAGAAGCUGGAUCUCACUGGGAACGAGAUACGUGUACUCACCCCCGAUGUGUUUGAGACUUUACCCAACCUCAAGAUCCUGCUGCUGGAUAACAACAAACUGACCAGCCUCGACACCCAAACCAUGGAUAUGUGGAAGUCCCUAAACGCGAUUGGGCUGUCGAGCAACCUAUGGGAAUGUACCAAACGGAUCUGCAAUUUGGCCACUUGGCUGAGCACCUUUAAGGGUCGAUGGGAGCAUUCUAUCCUCUGCCACAGUCCUGAGUACGCACAGGGCGAGGAAAUACUGGAUGCCGUUUACGGAUUCCAACUUUGCCAAAAUUUCUCAGCCCCGGUCAUACUGACCAGUACCAGCACGGAGGCCAUGCUCCCCGAGAUCACAAGCUCCCUGUUCGGAAAUAUGCAGACCCCUACGCAAGACUUCUAUGCAGAGGAUUUUGGGAGCUUUACGAUUGUCACCACUACUACCACCACCACCCAACCCCCACGCACUGCCCUCGCUACUACCAUGACGGUGGAGGGGGCAGAUGUUACAGAGGACUACUCUGCGAUGGACAACACAGUGCUGACUCAGAGGGUCAUCAUUGGCACCAUGGCUCUGUUGUUUUCUUUCUUUCUCAUAAUUUUUGUAGUGUACAUAUCACGUAAAUGCUGCCCUCCCACUCUGAGGCGGAUCCGCCAUUGCUCGGCCAUUCAGAACCGGCGACAGAUGAGGACCCAGCAGAGACAGCCAAUGGCGGACCUGGCCACACAGGUGCCCUAUAACGAGUACGAGCCCAGUCACGAGGAAGGUGCACUUGUGAUCAUCAAUGGCUACGGGCAGUGCAAAUGUCAGCAACUGCCUUACAAAGAGUGUGAAGUAUAAACUCUAUUUAUUCCUGCAGUUUCUGGGUUUAACCAUUUGUCCAUUUCAAAAGAUACAGGGUUUGCUUUUGGACAUGUUCCCCUUUUCAGUUUGUAUGAAGAAGAGUAUUUCUUUGAAAUUGUUAGCUUUGGAAAUUUAUGAAAGCUUGAGAUGACUGGGAUGAAUUUGAAGAGAGGAAAUAUAGAAAAAUCCACAAGUUUAUUUUUGUAAUACAAAUGCAAAGGUUCAUAUCUAGCUGGGGCAAUCAAUCUCAGCAGAGGAAGGUUGGAUGUAUCACUGCAUCACCAGUUUGUGUACUAUGUAUUCUGCAGCACAGAGGAGAUGAGAAAUCUAUAGCCAAACCGCCUGGAACCCUGUGCUCCAGAAAACAGUUUAUAAAAUGACAUAUCUUCUGAUAAAUGGUGAUAUUUUAUUUCAUGGAAAAAUAGUGUUACAUACGCUGAGCAGUGCAAAUUUCAAAGGAUAAAAAAAAAAAUUCAAAUAAAAAAGACAUUUGGUGCACGUUAGCAACACUAUAGAUCUCACACUCACAUAUUCACUUUUGGGGAGAGGAAACCAAAAAAAAAAAAAAUUUAAAAAACACCACAUCAGAUGGACACAAAGCAUAUUUUUUAAACUUACAUUUUCUAAAUUGAAAACAAGUACUGUUACAAAUUGAGCCACAUAAUGAAAUUUAGUUUUGAACAGGGAAUUCAACCCACUCAACAUUAUUUGGCUUCCUCAUGUGGCAGAAAUGAUCGUUACACUUUGAUCGAGUCUUAAAUCUGAGCUAAUGAGAACACUUAACUGCCUUCCCGUUUCUGCAUUUGGUUAAAUUCAAUAAACUGUCCACUUCCUUGAAAUCUUAAAGCCUAGCACAUUGUGUGAAAAGGUUAAUGUCCAAUAUGGCUCUGCACUGGUUCUAACAAAAUGUCCGAACAAGCUCCCUCUUUUACGACUUCAGCAGGGAUUUACUAAAUGUUAAACAGAGGCAAUUGCUCAAUUAUCAUUGUGCAUAUAUUCUUACAUAAGAUGGCUCCAAACACUGACAUCCUCACUGUGAUAGAACAAUGCUGCUUAGAUCACUGCAUCAUUAAUUAAUGGUAGAGACCAUCAAAGGAUGCUAGAUGAUGAAGCAAACACCAGCGAGAACAACUUCCUAGGGAGAGGGGAAGAGCUAGAAAAAGAAGGCAUGCAGAGGACACUGACAAUUGCCUCCUAAAAAUACAUGCGUACGCUUGCCGUCGCACUGUUCGAAUGCAGCAAAGAGCAUAACCAUACCUGACAGCUUCAACAUUGAGUCAAUUAAGCCUGGGGAAAAUGAAUCUAAUAUUCUGUCACCCAAAGCCUCUGCCCUGCAAGUUUCAGCCUCCUCAGCCAGUACUUAAAAAGGAAAAAAAAAAAAUAGAGACUAGAGUUAUUACUUCAUAGCCUUGCUCCUUUUAGCCCAUAAAAACAAAAAGGCCAUUUUUCGUCUGCAAGAAAUAUCCAGAAGUUCAAACCAAGUACACUAAAGAAACAGAAACGGAGAGAAAAGCUGAAGUAAAGCGUAGCGCAGCUCUCAGGAGAGCAUGCAGAAGACGGCGGGAGGCUGGGUCAGGAGACAUUUGUAUGCAGCACUGAGAGGACAGACAUUAGCAUCAAACUAAAGAAGCCGCUGCAGCAGUAGCUCUUUGUGUUGCAAUCAGGAGUUGGGGGCAGGGAUGCACAAGGGGGUACAGGGAACACAAACACUGGUUAGCAUCUAAUUGAAGUCAAUGAGCAUCUUAGGAGCCACCGAGUGAGGCUAAAUCAGGGAACAGAAACCAGAGGACAAAAAAAGGACUGCAUGACAAAACUGUGACCGACAACACCCUGGGCAACAGCUGGAAAGCUCUGAACGCCACCCUAGUUGUGCUGCAAUAAGGGUUAUUGCCUCAUUAGUAUAAAAAAAUAAUAAUAAUAAAAAAGAAACUUCAUAUCCAGGCAGAGGUUUUUGGUGGAAAGCUCAAAAUCUGAGAAAUUGGCAUCUACAUCAAAGCCCAUUUUUGGUCACCUACCUAAUGGUAGUAGUAAACAUAUUCUGAAAUUAAGCAUGCCUGAAGAGACUGAUUAAAAUUGUCCUCUAGAGGGUGCUGUAAAAUUCCAUGAGUGAGGAAUGGCUGCUAAAAUUCUUUCACCAACUCCAACCCUGCAAAACAUAAGUUGGUAAAGACAAAUGGAAUGUAGGUCUGUGUAGCUGAUCUUUUCUGUGCAGCCAGAGGUGUAGCUGGGAAAUAACAUUCCAAAAUGUAUUUUUCAAAUGCUGUUGGACUGAACAAGAAAAACUACAGCUAACAUUACUGAGCCAAGAACCUCUAACAAUGGUGUUGCUUUGUUUAGAAUUUGAAAAGCCGACCUUUGCUUUCUGCAUUUCUUAAAAACACCUUGCAUGUUUAAAGAAAACAUGAACAUCAGCACCAUCCCAAAAAAAAAAAAGAUAAAGUCAAGUCUCACAUCUGAUCUGAUAGUUUAGGCAUAUACGGUGGGAAAGAACAACUUUCUAAUGAAAAUACUGACAACCACUGUAAUCUGUUUAAACUAUCAGCUUAUAAGCAAAUCACAAAAACCACUGAACAUGAAUCCAUUUGCACUCCUGUAAACUGUUUUUGGGGGGAAUAUUAUCCUGUCAUACGCAUAGUCCUGCUGCUCACUCUGGCCAAAAAGCCCCUUUCAAAUCACACCCCAAAACUUCUUUGUGCUAAAAUGAAUGCUUCUCACCCUCCUCUCCCCAAAACCCAGCUUUUUCCUUUUGUAUUGUAAUAUGUACAAUUUCAUAUCUGUAUAGUGGGUAAAGAUGUGGCCAACUGAAAAGAUUUUUUUUCCUUAAGACGUAUAUUUUUAAAUAAAAAUGUUACAAUUUAUAAACGUUUUGGUCUAAUAUGCUCUUUAGAUCUUACUUGCCUGUAUACUUGCCUUCCUUUUAAAAUAUCUUCUACACAAAGGAUUGCAGAAACUAUCAUCUAUCAAACGUGCUGAAUACAGAGAUGGCUGAAAGGCUUUUAAGGAUGGUACACUCAGGGUAUUUGGUCUGGGCUUCAGGCAAGGUGCCCUUCUGAAGUAAAUGGCUUCUGAUAUCAUUAACAUUAUCAUAACCCGGCACUCACCUGCCCUUCUAAACAGAGAUAACAACCUGCCUGAAUGACUGGCAUCAAACGCAACAGCACAACCGAGAUUCCACUCUAGCCCAUGGCAGAACAGUGUUCAAAUCAGCUUAAAAAUGCUAUUAUAAACAAAAAAUGAUUGACGUUGGUUCAAAAUGAUUAUCUAGCCCACUGGUUCUUGAUUUAAAUCUGAUCUAAAUAGUGGUAGCUUGGUGGACGGUGGUAGAAAAGCAGCACAAAAGUAGGAGAAUUACAUGAGACCAUUACUUCUCUCACGUGAAGUGUUGCAUAUAUAUAUAUAUAUAUCCGUCUGGACAGGUUUUUCCUUCUCCAUUCCUCUGAGGUUUUUUGGUGAGCAGAGAACGUAAAAUGGUGCUGAUGCAUGACACCGCCAGUGGGAAAUUACCGAGGUCUCAGACGCUCUAGAAAUACACUUCCAAAAAUAAAUGAAAUGAAAAGGCAAGUUAGUCACUCUGAACCCACAUUACUGAUUUUCAUCCAAAACUGUAUUAUUCUGAGAAAAUAAUUCUGUAAAAUCUGAGCUUUGGCCAGGAAGAGAAAUAACUGUACAAGAAACUGCUAAAAAAUAAAUAAAAUACAUAAAAAUAUAUAUUUAAAAACAUCUAAAAUAUAAAUAUUAAAUAAAAUACAGGUAUAUUAUAAAGCCUAGAGUGAAACCAGUGAUUUACUCAAUAAGACUGCAGCUGCAGCCUCUGUGGAGGUUUCAAAAGUGUGAGGGCGGCAGCAAGCAUAUGCCACAACAGCUACCCGCCGGUGUUAUAUACUGUGCACUGCACAAGUACUGCAGGGCAAGCUAAAAAAAAAAAAAAAAAAAAAUUCCAGUGCAGAAUGAAGGGGACCAAAAACAUAAAUAAUACCCCGACUGUUACUGUAUGCCUAACCUUGGGAUUCCAAUACAUCAGGCACAGUGAAUAUCAGCUUUUAUGUAGCCAUUUGUAAAUGCUUUUUCUAUAAAUACAUUCAUAUAUCCAGACACCUGAACAACAUUGAUAUUGCGUGUGUCAUCCGUGAUUGCUGCCUCACAGUUUAAAGAUUUUAUAUCUUUUGUAAAUCUCAAGGCCAUGUAACCCAGAUGAUAGAAUUGAUUUGAAUGAUUUUACUGCAGGCGUAAGCUAAGCGAUUGGUCGACUCCCUCCGGGCAGUUGUUGACCACUGGUUCACUGAUGCUGUGCCUAUAGGCAUUUUCUACAGAGAAAAAGGAAAGUUGUUAGGGAGUGGGGGGAGGCAGGAUGGCUGAAGCUGAACAUGAUUUAUAGAGGACAGCCAUUUCUUGGCCAGACGGAGUGUGUAAGAGAAAAGGCUUUGUGACUAUAGAGGCUUCAGAUGCAGCGGCUUUCUAAGGCUUUUCACUCACUGGGAAAGGAAGCUAUUAACUCCAAAGGUCACUUUUUAAUUUGGUUGCGGCCCUACGUGGCAAAGGUCUGUCCCCGUCUGAGGAAAUGAAAACAGAAGUGAUUUAACUCGAGAUUUAAGUACACUAAGAUGAAUGUAAGAAAGUGAGAGGAUAUUGUGCGUCUCAACUUUGUGUUCGAACUGUACACCGUGUUCCCAAUUACGAAGGCUCAUUUAAACCCUGCAGGAAGUCACUGAACACACACAAAAGAAAAGGCAACUCCGAGACCAGAUGAAAACAGGCUAAUACUUUUAGAGGAUUUCUUAUAGUACCACAGCAGUCGCUCCAAACGUUAAUUUGCUCCCUCUGUUUUUAAGUCUACGAAAAAGGGUCUUCUUUUUCUCUCUGCCUCAUUUCCUUAGAGCUCAGCGCUCUCAGGGACCACAGAGGAUGAAUGGACACCUCUCUUCAAAACAAGACUCUCAAAAUGAACUAUAUUAAAGCAAAGGGCCGAAGCUCCAUUAGCCACCAAGGGUAGUCAUCCCUCAUCCACUCCCUGAUCAAAGCGGUCAACAAAAAGGAAGUGAUAGCAAGAGGCGCAAUGCGGCUCAAUGAACCAGCUACAGAAAAAUAAAAGCAUUUUUUCGUUAGAUUCAGCUGAAGUGCUUUUACCCUUGGACGUUAAGAUGAUACCAAAUGUUGUAGUGCUAAUUACUAGCUGUGCAUGUCAAGCGCACAACCUCUAUUCUGCAGAGGCAAAAAGAUAAAUAAAAUCACAUGUACACUUUUUUUUUUUAGCUGCCACUUUUUUUUGCACAUCAAGUCAUACAUGUAAUCUGUGAUGUUAUAUUAGCUGAUUCUUUGGUUUAUAAAAAAAACUAAAAGAUCUAGGAAUGUGUGUAUUAGUAAUGAAUGACUUUUAAAUGUUACGUUUAUUGCUGUAGUUUAUAAUAAUGCAAUGAUGCAAUGCAUGGCAACAAAUGCAACAAAAGAUAACUAGGUUUGAGUUUAACUAGCAUUUAAAUGUACAUAAAAAGCACCCAGAAGAAAAAAAGAACCAGCCAUCACAUUUGAUUUCUACAUUGUUAAUGAUGAUGACUGUCACUAGAUGUGGACACACAGGAUUUAAAUGACAAAACGCUCCAUUUAUCUCUCACAUGGUUGCCAGGGAAACAGUGUUCAGCCAAACCGAAUUCGUGUUCAUUACCAUCUAUGGUGUGACGAACAAAGACAUUCAUUAUCCUUGUUCUGACCAGAAGUAACUUUAUGCAGCCCUAUUCAUGAGAAUGUCUGACACAUCUAAGAAUCAGAGGGAAGUAAUACCAGAUAUCAAGGCGCACACAGAGCUAAUGCAAUGAGUCAGGGAUAAUCCACAGAAGCAGGUUAAGAAAAGGACCCUAAUAACAGACAUACCUUUUCUUUGACUUGUCAAUAGAAGUGACAUUCAUGCUACAAGGCUUGGUAACAAAAGGCAUAGUUCAAGGAACUUAGUUCUAGGAACUAGCCAGCAUGUUUUCCAUGUUCGUUGAGUAAAUUUUUUACACGGCUUUUUAAAAAUGUUUGUCCUACCAGUGUACCCUACAUCACUGGUAGUUCCAAUAGAACUGUUUUAGACUGUACUCUGAAGUAGGAGCUAAUAUAUUUCUCCCAAACAG